AUGGGUAUCUCACUCUCAACCGCCAGGUGGCUCGCGCCCCUGUCGUUUAUCGUCGACUUUGCCGCCCAGAAUUACGGCAUGCUCAGCACCCCUAAUAUGAAAGAUGUCCAUGACGCGAACCUUUCCUUCUUCUCCCCGCAACCUUUUUUCAUCGCCGGCUUCUUCUUCCCUCAGCAGCUGUUCCAGCUGGCGUGGCUCUGGCGCCUGUACAAGGCCGAUCCGAAGGCGGAGCAGAUGGACGCCGACGUUUCCACAAUGGUUGACUUUGCACCGUUCUAUGCUAUCGGGAACUUUUGCAUCGCCACUUGGAUGAUAUUUUGGAACAAUUCGGAUCUGAAGACGGCCAACAUCUUUGUCGUCAUCAACAGUCUCGCUCAGCUUUACUUCAUCUCCAGCCGCUUGCCGAAAAUGAACACCAAAUCUGUCAACUCCGUCCUCACUCACAUCGUAGCCAAGACCUUUGCUGGAAUCGGCGUGCUGGACCUUCUGCACAAUGGCUCCGUAGCCUACUUUGUCGGACAACAGCCGUCUACUGCCGUGAAAGUGCUUACGGGCGUUGGUUUUGGCCUUCUGGCGACUGCUAGCGACUGGAUAUUCGGCGGAUGCCUUGCUUACGACUUGGUUGCUAUAAGUGUCGGUCAAAACGCAUAUGGAAACGUCAGUUGGAGUAGACUCCUGGGCAUUUAUGCGGGAGGUACGGCGGCCAUCGUUGGAGCCAAGAACCUGUUGAGACCCCCAUACGUCAGCCAAAAUACCGAAUACCGUCCUUUGCAAUGA